AUGACCAUGGGCCAUCAACCAGUUGAUUUUGAUAACGACUUUGUCCAGAUAGUCGGUGGAAAAUGCGCUCCGACUCAGUCCUCGAGACAUGGUCUGAAUCCUUCCAACAAACAGCCGCUGCCUCCUGUGCCCGUCGCAACGCAACAAGACCUCGACGACGCUGUUGCUGCAGGGAAAGCCGCGUUUAAGACGUGGUCUCGCUUGCCCGAUCAGCAUCGCAAGAAGGCCGUCCUGAACUUCGCCGCCGCUAUCGAAGCCCAUAGCACCGACCUCGCCCACCUUUUAACACGGGAGCAUGGGAAGACGAUAGUGGAGGCCCAUCAUGAGGUCGAGCUCCUCCCCCUGUUCCUACGCGGCCAUGCACAGAUCGAGUGGCGGGAAGAGGUCGUAGAAGAUAGCGAGCGGCGCACAGUGGUGACGAGAUAUGUGCCGCUGGGUGUUGUCGCUGCCAUUGUCCCAUGGAGUUUCCCGUUGUUGAUGGCCACUGGCAAGCUUGCACCGGCUCUGUUGACUGGUAACGUGAUCAUCCUGAAGCCAUCACCAUUUGCCCCGUACAGCUGUUUGAAGUUGGUCGAGCUCGCUCAGCAAUUCUUUCCUCCGGGCGUUGUACAGUCGCUAAGCGGCGAUGAUGACCUGGGUCCCUGGAUGACCAGUCAUCCAGGGUUCAACAAGAUCAGUUUCACCGGUUCCGUGGCGGCUGGGAAAGAGGUCAUGAGGAGUGCCAGCAAGAACCUGACGCGUGUCACGCUCGAACUAGGCGGAAACGACGCGGCGAUUGUCCUCCCAGACGUCCAAGUCAAGAGCGUUGCGGCAAAGGUCGCGGCGAACGCGUUUAUGAAUCUUGGACAGGUUUGCAUCACAAUCAAGAGGGUUUAUGUGCACGAGGAUAUCUACGAAGAGUUCCGAGACGCCAUGGUGCAAAGCCUUGCGCAGUAUUCGAUCGGUGACGCAUCCUCGGAAACCAGCACGCAUGGCCCGCUUCAAAACGCUCCGCAACACGAGCGGGUGAAGGCGCUUUUAGACGACGUUGAAAGGGAAAGCUACAAGGUUUUAGUUGGGGGACAGGUGAAGCCAUCAUCACCAGGAUACUACAUGAAGCCCAUGAUUGUCGACGAGCCGGCCGAUGAUUCCCGGAUCGUUGUCGAGGAGCAGUUUGGCCCAAUCAUUCCACUUCUCAGCUGGAGGGACGAGGAAAAUGUCAUCACCCGCGCGAACAACUCCAGCAUGGGCCUUGGUGCGUCGGUUUGGGGUAGCAAUGUCCACAAGGCCAGCGAGCUCGCGCGUGAACUCCAGGCGGGUAGUGUCUGGGUCAAUCAACACACGGGCUUUUAA